GAGGACGUCAUCUCGACCCUCCAGUACCUCAAUCUAAUCAACUACUAUAAGGGACAGUACAUCAUAACCAUCACCAAAGAGGUGCUCAACGCCUACGACAGGGCUUUUCAGAAGCGAAAGGUGCGAAUCGAUUCCAAAUGUCUUCACUGGACUCCUAAGGAUUGGUCCAAACGCGGCAAAUGAUCCAAUAAAUGCAUGAUUUUUAAUACCAAUUAUUGGCUAUAAUUUAAUGGAAACUAUUAGUUACUCAUUGACUGAUUGAAUAUUUCGAUCUCGAACUCAAUUGACACCGAUUUCGAUAUCAUUUCCAUUCAAUUAUUGGUUUGUUUUAAUAAUUUAAAUAUCAUUUAUCACUUGCGCUCACCUUUCAAUGCAAAUACUCGAAACCAAUCGCUUUGAGUAUUCAAUACACUUAUCAUAUGAAUGCGAUUUGAGACAAUUGAUGGUAAUCUCAACCAAUGCUACGGUAUGUUCACUACCACUGAAACUCUUUGGUGUUGAUGUCUCACCAC